AUGUCAAAAAUCCCGAUUGGAUUGCCGCGGUGUGCUAUCAUUUCCGCGCGUAAACAGGAGGGAUCAGGGAUCCAGCUUUGCGCAGCUUUGUGGCCGUGCCAACACAUUACGUGCGAGAUCGAGUUAUUCGUGGACAAGGGACUCUUCAUAGUAUUUGAAGGGGGUGAGGGCUCCGGCAAGAGCACCCAGGCCGAGUGCCUCCUGCAGCGGCUCUUGGACGCGGGGCAUCAGGCCGUGCUGGUCAGAGAGCCCGGCACCACCACCCUCGGCCUGUACCUGCGCGAAUACCUAAAGAGCAAACGCCCUCUGACCCUUGAAUCGGAACUGCUUCUGUUCGCGGCAGCGAGAGCCCAAUUGGUGGCCGAGGAGAUCCGGCCCACCCUUGAGCGAGGAAUCAACGUCGUCGCCGACCGCUACACCGGCUCCACUGUCGCCUACCAGGGUUCGGGCGAGGGAUCCGUCGCGAUGUGA